AUGACGACGGCAGCGCGGCCGACAUGGGCGCCGGCCAAGGGAGGCGAGGAGCAGGGCGGGUCGCGCAUAUUCGGGCCGAGCCAGAAGUACUCCGCUAGAGACGUCGCCAGCCACGAGAGCCUGAAACCCAGGAGGGAGGGGCAGGUGACGAAGGAGGAGGUGAAGCGGCGGGACCUGCGGGGGGAGCUGGAGGAGCGCGAGAGGCGGCACUUCGCCGCUAAGGACAAGGAGCAGCAGCUGCGCACCGACGACCGCAAACGAACCACCGGGUUGCUGUUACCAGGUGCAGGCGGGGCGUUGGGAGGGCGGAAGGAGGUGGAGGAGCGGUUGAUACCCCGAGCAGCGGAUGCAGACGACUCCGAUGGAGAGGACAGGCGGGGCGGCGGGGGUGAUGACGAGGAUGAGGACGAUGAUGACGAGGACGAUGACGAGGAUGACACCAUGGAGCUGCUUGCUGAGCUGGAGAGAAUCAAGAAGGAGCGAGCGGAGGAGAAGCUGCGCAAGGAGAAGGAGCAGGCGGAGCAGGAGGCGAAGGCGAGAGAGAAGGAGAUGGCGCGCGGCAACCCCAUCAUGGCUGCUGGGGGAUCUGCCUUCGCUGUCAAGCGCAGGUGGGACGACGAUGUGGUGUUCCGCAACCAGGCCAAGGACGAGCAGAAGCCCACCAAGCGGUUCAUCAACGACACCAUUCGCAGCGACUUCCACCGCCGCUUCCUCAACAAAUACAUGAAGUAA